GCACAUGUGUAUGUGGGGAAUGCACGUGCCAUGAUGUGGAUCCAACUGGCGACUGGGGAGAUAUUCAUGGAGAUACUUGCGAGUGCGAUGAAAGAAACUGCAAAGCAGUAUAUGACAGAUACUCCGAUGACUUCUGUUCAGGUCAUGGACAGUGUAAUUGUGGAAGGUGUGACUGUAAAGAAGGGUGGACUGGGAAGAAGUGUGAACAUCCACAUUCUUGUCCAAUGUCAGUUGAGGAAAGUGCUAAGAAAUGUCAAGGAAAUUCCAAUUUACCUUGCUCUGGAAGAGGCAGAUGUGAAUGCGGCCAAUGCACUUGCUUCCCUCCAGGAGACAACAGAGUUCAUGGCAAAAACUGUGAAUGUGAUGAUCGUCAGUGUGAAAAUGUGGAUGGCGAUGUCUGUGGGGGCCAUGGUAUCUGCUCAUGUGGUCGGUGCAUUUGCCAGGAAGGGUGGUUUGGAAAGUUGUGCCAGCAUUCAAGGAAGUGCAACAUGACGGAGGAGGAGAGCAGAAGCCUCUGCGAGUCAGCGGAUGGCGUGUUAUGCUCGGGGAAGGGUUCCUGCCAUUGUGGAAAGUGCAUCUGUUCACCACAGGAAUGGUACAUUUCAGGCGAAUUCUGUGAAUGCGAUGACAGAGACUGUGACAAACAUGAUGGUCUCAUUUGCACAGGCAAUGGUGUUUGUAGCUGUGGAAACUGUGAGUGCUGGGAAGGAUGGAAUGGCAACGCUUGUGAAAUCUGGCUGGGGAGAGAAUAUCCUUAA